GCGGGCUAGCGCUCUGACCGCGGUUGGCUGUUGGGCGAGCGCCGCUAGCGCGCCUAACGGAGAACGGGGCGCGCUGCGCGGGUAGGGGCGGGAGCACGCUCCCGGAAGCCAGCCGCGAGGCCUCGCCCCGCCACCGAGGCUCUUCCCGGAGCCAGUUUUCUUAGCGCUAAGUUCGCGUGGGUCCUGACCGUGGGUAGAGACGGCGGAGGCCGGCGGGAGGCUGCCCACAGCGCCACGCGCAGACUAGCUGUGUCACCGUGUUAUGAUGCCAUCUCGUACCAACCUGGCCACUGGAAUCCCCAGUAGUAAAGUAAAGUAUUCAAGGCUUUCCAGCACAGAUGAUGGCUACAUUGAUCUUCAGUUUAAGAAAAGCCCUCCUAAGAUUCCUUAUAAGGCCAUUGCACUUGCCACCGUGCUGUUUUUGAUUGGCACCUUUCUCAUAAUCAUAGGCUCUCUCCUGCUAUCGGGCUACAUCAGCAAAGGGGGGGCAGACCGAGCUGUUCCUGUCCUCAUCAUUGGCAUCUUGGUGUUCCUGCCAGGGUUUUACCACUUGCGCAUCGCCUACUACGCAUCCAAAGGCUACCGGGGUUACUCCUAUGAUGACAUUCCAGACUUUGAUGACUAGCAGUCACCUCAGCCUUGAGAAGAGACACAGUGUACCCACUUUAAGACACCAAGCAGGAACUAUGGCUAAGGGCUGAGGAAGUCUACAAUUUGCAGAUGUUUAACAAAACAAUGGCCAGAUUGUAUGAGUCCUUUUCCAAAAUGCUCAUGCUUUAUAAUUAGCUAAUUAGGACCUGUUAUGUUUUCAUCUGCUGGCCCUGGCAAAGCUUGACAAGUUUUCCACAUGCGUAUGCAUCAUGUAAGAACUGUGAGGCUAAUUGUCUGGAAAGGCAGGCUGUAUUCUGAGGUGGAAAGUGUUCUUUUGGGGUGAGCCUGCCUUGUGCCUCCAUCGUCAAUUUGUUUUUGUAGCAUAUGGAAAAUGUAUUAUGUCUGGUUUCUUACUACUAAGUAAUUUAUUUUUAAAAUAUCUAUCUUAUCUCUCACACUCUCCUCUCCCUUUACAUCCUGGUAAAAUUAAAAUAUCUCUUAUCCCAUA